AUGGGGUUCUUUCUUGUUUGUAUCACUGUCAAUCUACACCUUAUCUCUACUGUGUGCUCAACUGCUUAUAUUGAUUCACUGCAGGAAAAAGUACAAGAAAAAGUGAGCUUAAGCUCUUCCACAGCUGAAUCUGGAAAAGGGAAAAGUAAGACAUCAAAGAAAAUAACUCAUGGUUAUCAUUUAAUGAAGGGGAAAGCACAUCGUCCCAUGGAAGACUUUGUUGUUGCAGAAUUUAAGAAAGCUGGUGAAAGUGAGCUUGGUUUAUUUGCUAUAUUUGAUGGUCACCUAAGCCAUAUUAUUCCUGAUUAUUUGAAGUCACAUUUGUUUGAUAAUAUCUUGAAUGAGCCUGAAUUUUGGACAAAGCCAGAGAAUGCAAUUAGGAAAGCAUAUCGUAUAACGGAUACAAAUAUAUUGGAAAAGGCAGUUGAUUUGGGCAAAGGGGGUUCAACAGCAGUCACAGCAAUAUUAAUAAACUGCCAGAAGCUAGUAAAAGCUAAUGUUGGUGAUUCUCGGGCUGUUAUCUCUAAGAAUGGUGAGGCUAAACAGCUUUCAGUUGAUCAUGAGCCCAUCAUGGAAAAGGAGAGCAUAGAAAAUAGAGGUGGCUUUGUGUCAAACUGUCCAGGGGAUGUUGCACGGGUUGAUGGGCAGUUGGCAGUGGCAAGGGCAUUUGGUGACAAGAAUUUAAAGGAACAACUUAGUUCAAAGCCAGACGUGGCCGUAGAGAUGAUUGAUGAUGAUACAGACUUAAUAAUAUUGGCAAGUGAUGGUUUAUGGAAGGUAAUGACAAACCAAGAAGCUGUCGAUGCUAUCAGGAACAUUAAGGAUGCUCGAUCUGCAGCAAAGCGCCUAUCUGAGGAGGCUGUUAAGAGGAACAGUGCAGAUGACAUUUCCUGCAUUGUUGUAAGAUUUUAGUGAUCUUAAGUGUUGCAAUUGUCCUGCUUUCAAAUGAUGUGCAAGCACCUUUGUUAUGUUAAUAGAAUUUGCGACAUCAGAAGCUAUCUAUACAUAAGCAAAAUGUACUGAAGCUGUCUAAUGAACAAA